AUGUCCUCCUCAUCCAGCUCUGCUCAAUCUGCCUUUGCCGUGAUGAUGAAGCGCGUCCGUGAAGGUCAGGAGCCUUUGGAAGGCUCUAAGCGCGCUAGGCCUGCUGGUAACCCGAGUGGCGAGGUACCCGCCGAUAUUGCUGAGUCCAAGUCCGGUGAGCCCUUGCAACCUAAGGCCGGCUUUUUACCGAACGCACAAGGGCGUCCAUUCCAAGCUGACUGGUAUGUUGGUAAUCCUUGGCUCGAGUGGAGCAGAUCUACCGAUAAGGCAUACUGCUUCGCCUGCCGUUUCUUUUACCCACCAGCAGCUGCCGGUUUCGGUCCGCCAAAUGGCUCGUUCGUGUCCUCUGGCUUCAGUAACUUCAAGAAGGGCGUUGAAAAACUGAACGCUCAUAAGGCUAGCGCCGGUCACAAGGAGGCGAUGGUGAGGUGGGCAACGUGGAAGGCUGCUGCAGAGAAAGAACAAUCGGUCUCGGCUCUUCUUGCCAAACACGACGAGAGUACCUUAUUGGAGAAUCGUAUGUACAUCAAGACCGUUUGCAAGGCCUUGUUGUUCUGCUCCUUCCAGAAUGUAGCUUUUCGAGGUCACUCUGAGGAAGCUACCUCUGUUAAUCAGGGUAACUUUCGGGAGCUCAUGAAACUGANNNNCCCAGCUACGCCACUGAUGUCUAUGUUGACGAGCACCGGAGCGACCGAACAAAAGUUCUCCCUACAUGCCUAUGUUGACGAGCACCGGAGCGACCGAGCAAAAGUUCUCCCUACAUGUUUCUGUGACGAGACGGGAGCCCUAAAACUUUUAGGCUAA